AUGAAAAAAGGGGGAAAAGUUCCAAAAUUAGGUAAAAGGGCUCAGUCGUUAUUAAACUCGCAGAAAGAGAAUCAAGAGUAUGAAUCAAAGCAACCACAAACGGCAGAUGAAUUCUUAGAUCAGGGUGCGAUUGAUGAAGAAAGUGGAGAUCGAUGGUUGGGAUCUGAUUUGGCAAAAGCUCUCCGAUUCUACCAGAAAGCUUACAAUCAAUAUCUAAUGGCCAUAAAACUUUCACCAAAUAGUACUUUGGAUAGCUACUACAAUGCUUCUAGGCUUCUAUUUCAUGUUUACAAUCAAUAUUUUAAAACAGAUGGAGUUAGUGUAUAUGAUUUAAACAAUGUGGAAGAUGCAAUUAGUGGUGGUGAAGAUUCGGUAGUACAGAAUUUAUCAGAAAUAGUGAGAGCUCAUGAGAAGGCAAUUGAUGUAGCAAAUUCUUUGAAUGUUCGAAUCCCUCUAGAUUUACUAUUCAAUACUGCAUUGGUGUAUACUGAAGUGAUUGAAAUUCAACAGGAGAAUGAAAGCGAUAAUUUCGAUUCAGUCUUGGAGUAUGGGUACAAGACACAGGGCAUAUUUCAGAAUCUUAUAGAAUUACAAACAACCGAACUUCAAAAGUUUAUUAAUGACUUAAAUGAAAUAACAAAUGAUUCCUCAAGCACAAAUAAUAAUAGCACAUCUUCGAGCAGUGAUACGUCUCCACAAGAAGAGGAAUUCACGAGUGAAGAGGUUCUUCAACCUCCUGAUGUAUUUGAAACAAUAAUAUCGGCUUAUAGACUAGCACAAGCGGUACUUGAGAACAUAAGUGACUCAAAUUCACAGUUAGUGCUGUCGCUAGACAUGAUAAACCCAUUUUUAUCUACUUGUGAGGCUGUUGCAGAUGACUUAAUACUUAACUUUGGAGAGAGAAAUAAUAAGAAAAGCGACAUGAUUUCCUCAAUUACACAAGACAAUGUGGAUGACUAUCUAAUUUGCAAGACCUAUAUUAAAGGCUUAGCGAUUAAUGAAUUCAGCAAGGUGUAUGAAUUGUGGAAUAGUGAUGAAUUACCUCAUACUCCUGAAAGAUACAUGCUGGCAGCUGACAAUAUUCAAACGAUGAUAGAUCGAAAUGAUAUUAAUUUAAACAGUGCUAGUUCAAACCAGACAAUUGCUGAAUUCUAUUGGAAAGCACUUACACAAAUGGGUAAUUACUACAAACAAUCACAAGAGUUAUUGAAUACAUUAUUGAUAGAGAAGAAGAAAAGGCCUUCUGGAACAGACGAUGGAAUUGGGUCAAUCAUUUCGCAAAUCAGCAAUAUUAUUAUCGCCAGAUCCGACAUCGAUCUCCAGAGAUCCCAAUUACAAAACUAUGAACCGGCUCUUAAACAUAAGGACGUUUUAUUUCAAAAUUGCAAGACAUUUUUGAAAAACGCCAUGAAUAUUUCCAACACUACCGGAGGAUUAAGAGAACGCAUAACCGAAAAACUUCAAAGAGAAAAGAGAAAAGCCGAAGCAGUAAUGAGGCUCUGUAUGCUCGAGAAUAAAUCAUCUCUACAAGAAUUGGACUCAAUUUUAGGUAGACAAAAAUGGACGGCCGAAUUGCCUAAUUUAAGCAAACUCGGGUACUUUGACGCAUUUGGUAUCUCUAAUAUCGUAGUACCAACAGAUUUCUAA